GAUCGCCGGGCGCGGGUCCUGAAGGCCAGAAGCCAAACUGUCCCCGUCGAUGGGAGCGUUUUCCUCGCCUCGGGCAGGGGCGACCGCGAAGCGCCCCCCUCCUGCUGCCGCCGCCGCCGCCGCUCUCCCGCUCCCCGGCGCUACACCUGUGAAAACAGGUUGCUCGGAGGAACCUCGCCCUCCAUCCGAGCCCUCCUCCGCCUGCCCGGGAUCGCUCUUCUCGGCUCCCUUUUCUCCCGGAGCUUCAGCGCUGCCUUUUCCCUGCGUGCCGCGAAACCCCUGAAGAGCUAUGGAGCCUCAAACAUAAAAGGACAUGCUCGAGAAAUAUUUCCUGACCAUAUCAGAAGACCCCUUAUUGUACCUGUACAAGCUACCUUGAGCAAUUGGUGUCAAACGUUGGAAACAGUAAGAAAUGGAACUCUUGUCUUUGAGAAAUGUGCAGCGUGAGAACACAAGGUGUGCUGACUUGAUGGGAUAGUGCUUCCAAGCAAUGCGUUCCUUAUGCUCACAUGAAAGACUCUGUGAUGAUGACUGAGAACACAAACAUCUCCUUCCCUUCUUGAGUUUUCUAAGCAAACAAAUACAACAUGGAGGUUGCCAUGGUAAGUGCAGAUAGCUCCGGCUGCAACAGCCACAUGCCUUAUGGGUAUGCAGCCCAAGCAAGAGCCAGAGAAAGGGAGCGACUGGCCCAGUCGAGGGCGGCAGCAGCGGCGGCUGUAGCAGCCGCAACAGCAGCAGUAGAAACUGCAGGUUCUGGAGGAGGAGGAGGACCCCAUCAUCACUACCAUCAGGAGCAGAGUCGUGGGGCAUCUUCAUCUUCCUGUGGGGAAAACACGUCACAUAGUGGCUAUCACCAGAAUGGCAGGAGGAGAAAGGAACGGAAGAAGAAGGCUCACUGUCUCAGGAGCAGGGAGUUUGGUGCCUCUUUCCCUUGCUCUGAGUUGCUGCCUCUCAGUGGCUCAGAGGAGAAGAUCCUAAAAGACUUGAGCGAGGAGGAUGAGGAGGAAGACGAUGAGGAAGCUGAUGGUGAGGAUGAAGAAGACGAGGAAAGGAAGGUCUACGAUAGUGAUACAGAUGGUGAAGAUGAGCCUUCAUUUACAGACCAGCCUCCAGAGGAUGGUAUUGGACCUGGGGGCUACACCUCUGUCCGCUACAAUGAGUAUGAGUGCUGCGAACGGAUUGUCAUCAAUGUGUCUGGCCUAAGAUUUGAAACCCAGAUGAAGACCUUAGCUCAGUUCCCUGAGACACUGCUAGGAGAUCCAGCAAAACGGGGCAGAUACUUUGACCCACUCCGGAACGAGUAUUUCUUUGACAGGAACCGGCCCAGCUUUGAUGCAAUUUUAUAUUACUAUCAAUCUGGCGGGCGCCUGAAAAGGCCAGUCAAUGUGCCCUUUGACAUUUUCAGCGAGGAAGUGAAAUUCUACGAACUUGGUGAGGAGGCCAUGCUCAAGUUCCGAGAAGAUGAAGGCUUUGUCAAGGAAGAAGACGACAAGGUGUUGCCUGAAAAUGAAUUCAAGAAACAAGUGUGGCUUCUCUUUGAGUACCCUGAGAGCUCCAGCCCAGCCCGAAUCAUUGCCAUUGUCUCAGUUUUGGUCAUUUUGAUCUCCAUUGUCAUUUUCUGCCUGGAGACACUGCCGGAGUUCAGAGAUGAAAAAGAGCUCAUUCUGACCCAGAAUUUGGAGAAUGUUAAUGAGACCCUCCUGCAAAGUGCAGGCUAUACUGUCUUUAAUGAUCCCUUUUUCAUUAUUGAGACGGUCUGCAUCAUUUGGUUUUCUUUUGAAUUUAUAGUGCGCUUCUUUGCCUGUCCCAGCAAAGCAGCCUUCUUCAAAAACAUCAUGAACAUCAUCGACAUUGUCUCCAUUUUGCCUUACUUCAUCACCUUGGGCACUGACUUGGCCCAGCAACAGGGCAGUAAUGGUCAACAGGCCAUGUCUUUUGCCAUCCUGAGAAUCAUCCGUCUUGUCCGGGUGUUCCGGAUCUUCAAGCUCUCCAGACACUCCAAGGGUUUGCAGAUCCUGGGUCACACUCUCAGGGCCAGCAUGAGGGAACUGGGGCUCCUAAUCUUCUUCCUUUUUAUUGGAGUCAUUUUGUUUUCCAGUGCUGUUUACUUUGCAGAAGCUGAUGAAUCUGCCACCCAUUUUCAAAGCAUCCCAGAUGCCUUCUGGUGGGCUGUUGUGACCAUGACUACAGUUGGUUAUGGGGACAUGAAACCCAUCACCGUGGGUGGGAAAAUAGUCGGUUCCCUGUGUGCCAUUGCUGGUGUGUUGACCAUUGCUUUGCCAGUGCCCGUGAUUGUUUCCAACUUUAACUACUUUUACCACAGAGAAACAGAGAACGAGGAGCAGACUCAGCUGACGCAGAAUGCAGUCAGUUGUCCAUACCUUCCAACCAUCCUGAAGAAAUUCCGAAGUUCUUCUUCUUCUUCUUCUUCCACAGAGGGCAAAUCAGAAUAUUUGGAGAUGGAGGAAGGGGUUAAAGAAUCUCUCUGUGUGAAGGAGAAAAAGGGUCAGGUCACAGGGAAUGGCAGUGAGGUGGCAAAACAAAACUGUGUAAAUGCAAAAUCUGUGGAAACGGAUGUUUAAGUUCUGACAGUUUCCAAACUUAUUUAUGCAUUAAAGAGUGCGUUGGUAAAAAAAAAA